AUGGGCAAGUCUAAUGGUAGUGAUGCUUUGCGACGGAGCUACUUGCAGUGGAUCAAAGACAAGGAAGAUGAGGAGAAGUGGGAAACGAGUGGGGGGGAGCAGAACCUCUCUUUUGCUCACAAAUAUAGAGUGGGUGUUGAGACCAUUAAUGCUCUGCUUGAUGGUCUUGGAAGGGCCAAGCUUGGGAAAGAAGCUCAGGCACUAUUUGUGAAGUUGGAAGGUAGGUUUACGCCAAAUUUGACGACAUAUACUGUAUUGCUUAGUGGAUGGUGCAGGGUGAAGAAUUUAAUGGAGGCUGGGAGGAUUUGGAACGAGAUGCUUGGUGAGGGUUUUAAGCCUGAUAUUGUCACCCAUAAUAUUAUGCUUGAAGGGUUGUUAAUGAGUAAAAAGAGAUCUGGUGCAAUCAAGUUCUUUGAGGUCAUGAAAGCCACGGCAGCAAUGGCAGGAUUUUAG